AUGGGGGAAUUUCAAUAUUUUGCAGAAUUCAUGGAAGAAUGGUUAACGAGAAAAGGAGCAUCUAAGACGAACGCGGAUGUUUUAUUGGAAAGAAUAGAAGAAAGUAUGGACCAUAUGCUGCAAAAUAUAUACCAGGACGCAGACUUGGAGGAGAAGGUAUACUGCAAUGAGCUUGAUAAUAACAAUGAACCAAAAUUGAAGGAUGAAGCAAGUAUAGAGCUGUGUAAAAUUUUAAUAAGAAUAUUCUACUGGAUAGGUGGAUUAAGACAAAGGGGAGAUAAAGAGAAAAGAAUAUGGGAAUGGAUAAAAGAAGUGCUGACCGCUCCAGAUGAGAAGAAACUGCAGGAUUACUUAAGAUGUAUAAUGGGUAAAAUAGUAAUAGUAAGAAUAUUCGGUAAACAUUGUAGGUUGAAUGAAGUUACUCCAAUUGUAAAAAAGGCAAUAGACGAAACCAAAGGUGAAAAAGGUUUCCAGAAGGAACAUGAGAAAUGUGAGAAAAUAGAUUUUCAAAGUUUAAGUAUUGGGGGAAAAUUUUUCUCGGAAGAAAUAGAAAAGUCCAUAAUGCAGGAUAAGUUGAGGAGAGGGGAAACUAUUAAGAGAAUAAAAGAACAGGGGAAAUGUGGAGGGAAGAAUUUUUAUAAUGAAACAGAAAAUAAUAAAAUAAAGGGCAAAUGGAAGAGUACUGCUGAAUUACUUGGACUGAAGGAUGAGGAUCAUCUGCAAGAAUUGAUCGCUGAUAGUAAUACGUGGUCAAGAGGAGGAUUAGACAAAAUACUAUGUUACGUAAGGGAUAAAGGGGGGAUUGAGAAAGUAAAGGGAAUAUUAGUGCAAGGGUAUAAUAGUGUAGACGGAGAAUAUAGAAAAUCGACGGAGAAAGCUCAACGAAGCGGAGAGGACAGGUGCGCAAGCUAUCAUACUGGAAGAGGAACUAAUGAGGAAGAUAGUCCACUUCCAUCCGUCAUCCAAAGAUUUAGCAGCGGACAGAGUAAUAAGUCUCCCGCCACUGAUGCCUCGCCUGCUACUUCUAAUGCAGAAAAUGAAAGUAGUGUUCAGACGAAACCUACUGAAGGUGAUCCUGUCGUAGAAAAGGCUAAGGAUGAUGUUGUCAGCGAUGAUAAGAAGGAUGGUGAUGUUAUUGCAGGUGUAGGUGGUUCUACCCUUACUCAGCUUACUGGGCAGAAGGACGCCAGUCUCCCCCCCAAUCCGAAUACUGCUCCAAUAAGUUCAGGGAACUCUGCAGGUAGCACAUUUAGUACUCCGGAAGGAACAGGUUCAGACCCGAAGACUGAAAUAACAGCUGUUCUAGCAGCAACACCAAUCGACACUUCAGCAUCAUCACAAGCUCCAAUAAGAACACCAGUACAAACACCACAGUAUUUUGGAUUGUUCGGCCCCCAAAAAAAGCGUUACAAACGUAUGACACAAAUACCCCGUCCCCCUUUAGAGGAACACAAUGACGGAACGGAUCUAACGAUAUCCUAUGCACCGCAUGGAUACCGUAUGAUUAAAACACGCCAUCCUACACAUAAAGUAGAAAUGCUCAGUGCAGAACCUAUCCACAGAAAAUUAAACAAAACAACUAUUAUUGACAUCCACUUAGAAUCACUAAACGAGUGCCCAAACCAGAACCACGAGUCCGAAUUAAUGAGCAAAGGCGAUUUUCUUCAAAUCAUCGUGGAAGAAUUUAUGAAAUUUGGGUUUAUGAAUAAAGGGAACAUAAAGGGAGGAACAAAAGAACAUAACGUUUCUUUUUCAGAGAAUGGACAUCCGUCUCUAACAUGCAAUGUCCCAUAUUGGAUUGCCUGGAUCGAAAAGAAUAAAAUCAUGUUAGAAGAAAUUAAAACACAACCUUGGUUUUAUGACCUAAAGGUAAGUUGGAAUGAAUACCAAAGUGAUUCUGAACAAAGUCUAUUGAAUGACGAUGUUCCAUCCAUGGAAAGUCAUAAAAAGGAAUUGUGGAGAAUUUGGGUAAGGAAGCAACAUUCCCUUAUGGAAGCCAACGGUCAAACAGAUUGGUUCAAACAUUUAUUGGACAACAUAGAAGAGGUGAACGGGGCGGAGAAGUUAGAACAGCAACAAUUGUGUCAAGUAUCUUAUAAACCGAACAAUCGUUUAACAGUUAAGUUGUGGAUGUUAAUCCUUGCAUUAGUAUUUGAGGAGUGUGAAAUGGAAGAAAAUGUGUGUAAUAAGGAUUUGUAUUUGGAUCAUUUAUUACAAAGUAUUUGA